AUGUCGUUUUGUCGAAGAGUGACACUGGCGUGCUCAGUGCUUAUCGGCUCAGUGGCUGUGAUUAUCGGCGUCGUGGUCCUUACCGUUAUCGAAGGCAUUGUGAACAAGACCGUGCUCUCGAGAGAUUACAUUGGGUUCGAGAAUUUCAAUGAUUCUAGACGUCUGAAUCCAAUGACCGAGAAAUGGAUUCGUCCAGCAUAUUUUAUGGAGCUGCAAAUCUGGAUGUUUGACUUGGUGAAUGAGGCAGAAGUUCUCCGCGGAGCAAAACCUAGAGUGCGACAAGUAGGGCCGUUUACAUUCAUAGAGCAUCAGUGGAAGUCUCCUUAUCAGUUUGUAAGAAACGAAUCGAGAGUUUUCUAUCGAAAUAAUCACGUUUAUGUCUUCAAUGAUUCGCUUUCGUGUCCGGAGUGUAUCCUUGGUCGAAGAGUUGUCAUUCCAAAUGUUGUUUUUCAAAAAAUUCUUACAUCUAUUGAAUUUUGUUGUUACAGCUGUUUUGGCUGCAAGUCUUUCAUGUCCAAUAUGAUGACUACCGUAGAGGAGGCGUUGUUUAAAGGUUACCAUGACCCACUUUUGGACUAUAUUUGUGGACACAAAUGGCUCCAAAACCUGUGCGAUAUUGUCAAAAUUCCGAAAAAUAUUGGAUUUUUCUAUGGGCAAAACGGAACCGACGAUGGUCUAUAUGAAGUCUCUACUGGUCUAGACGACGCCUUCGGAAUAAGCAAGGUGUACACAUACAAUAACAUGACGGUGAUGCCCGAUUCCACGUGGGAUUCAGCUGAUGCGCGUGAAAUUCGGGGUACUGAUGGCCAGCUCUUCUCUCCUUUCCUUCAAGAGAACCAGGACCUGGAAAUUUUUGUAGGAUCCAUUUGCAGGCAUUCGGAGUUUCGAGAUGUCGUGGCAUUUCGCUACGGUUUCCCAUCUCAUAUUUUUGAUCCUAGUAUUGCAGUAAAUCGUGGAUUUUGUAACAAAAAUAACACGCCAACCUAUUUCAACUCCAGUAUUCAGAUUCCUGGCUGUUUGCCCAAAGGAUUUCUUGAUAUUGGGAGAUGUUUACCAGGAAAGCCACGUGUUUAUUUAUCACAGGCACACUUUUUAAACACACAUGACGAGGUUCAGUCCUCUAUCGAUGGUAUGGAUAUGCCAGAUGAGAAAAAUGACGAUACAUUCGUUGAAGUUGAACCUUUAAGUGGUGUUCCUAUAAAUGCAAGAAGAAUAAGUCAAAUUAAUGUGGGAAUGAGGAAAGGCAAUCUCAGAAUCACUUCAAAUAUGAGCAACGUAAUCCUUCCUGUGCUAUGGAUGAACGAAACUAUGUGGUUUGACAACGAAACCAAAACUCAACUGGAAAGAGUAUUGUUUUUAUCUGGAGUAUUCUUGCUUACCAUUGGCCUACUAAUUUGGUUCGCGGUUAUCGUCGUCUUUGUUGUAUUCACUAUACUAAAGGUGGGAUUUUCUUUCCCGUCACUUUGA